AGCAGAGCAUGCUUCGAGUGCGAGUGGGCUGCUCGACGGUGGCCUUUGCCUCCCUCCGCUCCUCUGACGUCACGUCAACGUGACUUGGUCAGUGACGUGCGGCCCUCCGACUACGGGUCCACCUGUCAGCUUCCCAAAGUCAUGUGUCCCUAGGUGACGUCACAGAGUCGCCGGUGCGCCGCCCCGCACCCCCGCCGGCGCCGCCUUUUCUCCUCCCUCCUCGUCCUCGUGCCGCUCCGCCGAACGCAUCCGGGAGGGGGGAGGAGCCGCGGAUCUAAGUGCGGAGGCGGCGGCUCCGUCGUCGCGCCUCCCCGCGGACGGCCGCGAGCGCGGAACGGGGAUGCGCCGGAGGCUGAGAUGACCGGUUGGUGGCGGCCAGAACCCAGAAGCAGCCAGCGCGACAGGGCGCAGCGGCGUGGACGUGCCCGGCGGCAGCCGUGGAUCUGUCGUUGCGGCCCGCGCCCACCUCUGACUGCUGGUUUUUACAGGUGCAUAUCAGUUUCUGAAGUGCUGUUCUGAGCAUGCUUAUCCUUGCAAGUUUUCCUUCUUCUCUCUGAAAGAGGCACAUAGCAUACUGAUGCUGCUUUCAGAUAAAUGUUUUCUUAUAGCCUAAUAUGUUUCUUCAAUAAAUACUUAUGCUAUUUAUCUGAUCAUCAAAGAGCUUAGAUAAAUAUGUUCAGCAUUGCCUUUUAUACACAUAUAUAUUUUUAGAAGAACUUGAGACGGUUAGUGAAACAUUAAGUAACGUGGAUCAUGUGCACUGCAUAAUUUAUUUCAGAAGUGACAAUUUGAGAGGUUUUACCAAGCAGUUGAACUAGGUGGCCUCAAAGUUUUAUGAAGAUUGCUAUAAUGCAAGCUGGGAUAGCACUACAGUGUACUGAUAUUGUCACAUGAGACUGCAUCUCCAAAACCAAAACAAUAUGACAUCAUGCAACCAAAAAUAGGUGAUUCAACUCAGGAAACUAGUGCUCAAUGGAGAACCUGAUCAAACUAUAUCAUGAUUGGGAAAUUCAGUUGCUAGUGCUUCUAAGUUUUCAAAUACAAAUAUUUCUAUUCUUCACUGGUGGCCUUCGUCGCCGAAGCAUCAACAUGUUGCUGAGACUCUCUAUUUGGAUAGCUUAUUUGGGAGCAGACAUGAUAGCUGUUUAUGCCCUUGGCUACCUCUCACAGCAUAAGGAUGCCACCAUGGCAGAGGACACAAUGAGGGGAACCCAGCCACUAGCUUUCUUCUGGGCUCCCUUCCUCCUCAUCCAUCUAGGUGGGCAGGACACUAUCACUGCUUUUGCCAUGGAGGACAACAACUUGUGGUUGAGGCAUUUAUUGAAUCUCGUGGUGCAGGUUGUCCUAUCUUUAUAUGUUUUCUGGAAGUCGAUUAGAAAACACAGUGUGGAACUUCUAGUUUCAGGUAUCUUUGUGUUUGUUGCGGGGAUUAUCAAAUAUGGAGAAAGGACAUGGUCUCUCAAGUGUGGGAGCUUUAAAAGUCUUCAGAGCUCCACUGGAAAUCACUGUAAGCAUCGGUUUCCAGAAUUGAUUGAUGGGGAUGCUGGUUAUUGUAACACUGUCUGCACUGGUCUGCAUUCAAUGCUAGAUGUCCUUAAUUUCUUCUCUGGCCGAACCUUGUUUGUUGGUGAUCGGGUGAGGUUUGGUCGUGAAGGUUUGGGAACUUGGCUACCCAACCAAGUGCUCAAGGUGCUUGCAGUCGAACUUGGUAUGAUGUAUGAUGAUCUCUACACCAAGGCUCUUGUGCUCAGAACAAGGAGUGGCAUUACACUUCGUUGUAUCUCCCAGUUAUCUGCUUCAGUUGCCUUCGCGCUCUUCCUUGCAGGCAAGAAACAUAAGUACAGUAGGGAUGAUAUUGCAAUCACCUAUUUACUAUUUGUCGGCACAUUCUUCCUGGAAUUGUGUGCAUUGUUUAUGUUCAUGAUGUCGCCAUGGACCUGGGCAUGGUUGAAAUCUCGAAAAUAUGAGAGGCUUGCCCGGUAUUCUUGGUCUCUUUUCUCCAGCAGCCUCAUUGGAUGGCCAGAGAAGAGGUCAUUGUGGUCAAAUGCAAUGGGACAGUACAACUUGAGGGGUUGGUUUGAGGAGAGUGGCAAACCAAAGUCCUGUGGCCAACGAGUGAUGAACAUGACCAGAAAGUUGGCAACAUCAAUCAGUGUUGAUAAGGAGAAAAUAUUUUGGCUUAGCAAGCUAUUAGACACGGAGUAUGUUAAGGCGGAUAAGGUGAUGGAGUGUCUCGUGGAGGCCACCAGCAACUUUGUCCGUCAACCCUAUGAGUUUCAGAGGACCCGGGAAUGGCCAAAUCUUGACCCUCUCUUAAGAUAUGCACAAGUUUUUUACAUCGCAGAUUUUGGUUUUGCUAUUGUCUUUAUGCAUAUGGUCACUGAGCUACACCUGAGCAAAUACCCCUGCCCAGACAUGGAAGCAGAUGUAGCAGAAGAUAUUGUUGUUUUGGUGGAGAUCUGCCAGAAACUUUCCCGCUACAUGAUGCACCUCCUGCUCACCCUCCCUUCCCUGCUGCCUCUCAAUGCUAGCGCGGUGGCUACGCUGAAUAAGUGGCAAGCUGACAUGAUGGAGAAUGAUAUCAUGACAGAAUUGAAAGGGCUUGAUCCCCAGCCGGGCAAGGAAGCACUAGAGGAGAUCAAGGAUGUAUGGGUGCGGCUCACCAUUUAUGCUGCUGCCAAGUCACAGCCGGAGAUGCAUGCAGCACAACUGGCAAGAGGAGGGGAGCCCCUUACUUUUGUUUGGCUGCAGCUAGCGCACUAUAACUGCGGGGAAUUCGGGUUCAGUAGGAUUGAGCUUACCCGUGAUCGCUCCAAACAUUCGAUAUUCUAUGUCUUACAACUCAAUGAGGUGGUCGUGGAGGGCUCAGGUUUUCCUUGAUCCAAUGUCAUAUCAAUCAGGUAGCUCAUCAGAUGAAAGAAGAUUAACUGAAGCAUGGAUCGAUAGAUUGUUCGCAUGAAGGCUGGAGUUUCAGGAGUUAGUGCAUUGUAGUUGGCAGCGUAUUUGAUCAAAUUUACAACUGUUGCCACCAUGUACCUUGCCAAUGUCAGACGAUCAGCAUUCCAGGUAUAGAUCCAAUGUGUCUGCUGGCUAAUCAUCAAGACUGGCAAGAGGUUGUAGUGUGUCUGCGUGUGUAUAGUUGAUGGUGGAGGACAUGCCUGCUGCUGGCAACCUCUGGGAGAAGGCAUUGACUUAUCAGUUGCUGGGAGUAAACGGGUAUGUCUUCUCUAACUUGAUGCAAUUUGGCAGGCACAAUGCGCGAUCUAGCUAAUGACUGGAAUAUGUAAAGCCUGCCUCCAGCAGGCACUUAGCCCCAAAUUUGUCUCCUAACCUCAAUUUCACCUUAAUUGUUUAGCUGUAUAGCUGGGUUCAGAAAGGUUUGCAAAAUCUAAAUUCCCUAGUAAAAUACUGCCUAUGUACUCCCUCCGUCCCAUAAUAAGUACAUUUCUGAAGUUCAAAAUUUAUCCCAAAAUAAAUGCACAUGGGACCAUCUAACCUUAGUUGUAUUUUUUUAUUUUCUCUCCUCCUAAAGUGCAAUGAUUACAUCUUUAUAGGGGUAUAUAUAUGUAACUUUUUACUAACAUUGAUCUUUUCACCGAAACUCUAGAAGUGCACUUAUUUUAGAAUGGAGUAUAUGCCACUAGAAAGAUCCUUUUGUUUU